AUGACUUCCGUCAACCCGGAAUUCUACCUGUACAACCUCACAAUCCAGAAGCCUUGUUCCACGGUACAGUCCUGUAUAGGAAAUUUUACGGGUGUGAAAAAACAGCAGCAGAUAGUCAAAGCCACUAGUACAAGCAUAGAAUUAUGGAGUUUCAACAAACACAACGGAGCUCUCAAGAAGAUCUGUGAUCAGAACUGUUAUAGCAACAUUAGACAGAUUUCCACACUACGACCCCUUGGAUUUCACAAGGAUCUCAUUAUUGUUACUUCGGAUAGUGGAAAUUUGUGUCUCUUAAGCUUCAAUGUUGAACUCUCUCGGUUUGAGACUGCAGUGAAUCAACCCUACUUCAAAACUGGCAUCCGUCCAAUUACGCCUGGAGAGUACAUAGCGGUUGAUGGUCGUAAUAGAGCGUUUAUUGUGGGUGCGAUAGAAAAAAAUAAGUUCGUCUAUACGGUUAGCCACGAUGGUGAUUCGAGCAAACCUACGGUAUCCUCGCCUCUAGAGGCCAACAGAAGUCGAGUUGUAACCUUUGCUUUAUGUGGUCUUGAUGUUGGAUUUGGAGAUCCGUUAUUUGCUGCUAUAGAGAGCGAAAUAUCUGCUCCCAAUUUCAAGAAGACACUUACCUACUACGAACUUGAUUUUGGUCUCAAUCAUGUCCUCAAGAGGUACAGUGAGGAUUUGCCGGAAUCCGCCAAUUUUCUUCUGGCUGUUCCAGGUGGUAUUGACGGACCUUCCGGUAUUUUGGUGUGCUCAAAAGAUAUGAUAACCUAUAAAUAUCUCUCAAAGAUGACACAUUCGGUUCCUAUUCCUAAGAGGACUGAUCAGCUAGAUUGUUCUACCCAGAUAGUCUCUGGAGUAGUUCACGUACUAAAGCAUUCAUUUUUUAUCUUACUUCAAAGCAACCUUGGUGAUCUAUUCAAAGUUACCAUCAAUGGGGUAGCUCAGGAUUCUGAUGAAUCCGAUGGACAGCCGGGACUUGUUGAUGCGAUUGAAAUCAAGUACUUCGACUCAAUGCCCGUCUGUAACUCUUUACUAAUCUUCAAAUCGGGGUUUCUCUAUGCUAAUUGUGAGUAUGGUGAUCAAUACAUAUAUCAAUUUGAGAAAUUGGGUGACGACCCAGAUGACAAGUCUUGGAUAUCUACGGAUUAUCCCGAUGAUGUUGCCGUACUAACUGCAGAACCUGAUCAAAUAUCUUUCGAGGUAAAGCAGUUCGAUAACUUAAACUUGGUUAACAUCCUGGAAAAUUUCAACCCUAUCAUCGAUUCUAAGUUAUACGAUUCUGGUGAUGUUUUUGAUCUUCCCGUUAUCUAUUCCCUAUGUGGCUCGGGUCCCAGAUCGUCCCUGAAUGUACUGAAUCAUCAGCUUCCUUUCACCGAGAUUGUUACACAAGAAUUGCCCAGCGUGGUGACUUGUAUAUUUUCCAUAGUUACCCACAAGGAGGACAAGUAUGACAAGUUUAUAGUCAUUUCAUUUUAUGAUCAGACUUUGAUUCUCAGUGUUGGUGAAGAAGUGGAGGAGGCAGAAGAUUCAGGUUUUCUCACUGAUGUUGCGACACAGAAUGUUGCUCAGGUUGGUUCUACAUCUGUGGUUCAAAUUCAUUCCAAUGGUUUGAGGCAAAUAUUUUAUGACAAAGAUGAUAAGCCUGUAAAAAAUGUCUCCUGGAGCCCGCCUGUUGGCAUCGAAAUUCUUCACUCGGCUAUCACAAAUACCCAGGUUGCUCUAGCUUUAUCGAGCAGAGAGUUGGUGUACUUUGAGACAGAUGCUCAAGAUAGAUUGAUUGAAUAUAGUGAGCACAAAGAGUUGGAGUCACAGAUCACCUCUCUAUGCCUUGGAAAUCUUUCACCCGGGCAGGCUCGUUUUCCGUUCAUUGUUGCCGGUGGAAAGGAUCAAACUUUAACUGUAUUAAAAACGGAUCCCUCUUCCACAUUAGAGAUUAUUGUCAAGGAGGAUCUCAGCUCUGUCCCAUGUUCAUUAAUGGUGCUCCGUGUGAGAGAUUCUGGUGUAUUCGAAGAGGAGGAAGACGAUGAUGAUGCUGAGGAUAACGUGGCCCUUUCCACACUUUACUUGCAUAUUGGUAUGACUAACGGUGUUUAUGCCCGUUUGAAAUUUGACCAAGUGUCAGGAGAGCUCUCGAAUCCUAGAAAUCAAUAUACGGGGCCAAAGGAAGUUCAUCUUUCCCGGUUAAAGUUUGAUCAUCAGAAUGUUGUGGGAAUCACUUCCGUGAGAUCGUAUUUGGGAUACGCUAGUGCUGCAGAUUUUAAAAUAACUGCUUUGGCCAAACCUAUUUUCACUGAGCUUUGUGCAUUUAAAAGUGAGGAUGUACCAGUAAACGGUGCAUUGGGUAUUCAUGGUGGUAAUUUGACCAUUAUGACUGUUGAUCAGCUUGAUUCCAGUUUGCUUAUUGAAAGUAUUGCUCUAAGGUACACUCCUAAGGCAAUGGCUGAUAGUACCGACUUUAAUGGAAUGCUAUAUGUUGCUGAGGCUGAUUUCCAGAUCAAAUCACCUUAUACAAAGGGUGACGACAACGGUGAAGAAAUCAUUAGCUACGAAUUUGAUGAAGAUUUGCAAGAGCAUUACCAACAGUUUGGGUACGGGUUAGAGGCCGGCCAUUGGGCUUCUUGUAUUCAAGUUGUUUCUAUAGAAAAGAAGGCAGUUGGUCAAGCCGUUGAGUUGAAAAAUGAAGCGGCUUUCAAGCUUUGCCGAGUUUCGUUUGCUUCAGAUAUGAAGAACGAUUUUUUGGUAAUAUCUACCGCUGUGAACCAAGCAUUUGCACCCAAUAGGAAUGAUGGAACGUUUCUUAGAGUGUAUAAAAUAUGCGAAGAUGGAUCUUUACUGUUUCAUUACAAAACCAAGACGGAAUCGUUAGCAUUAGCACUUAUUUCGUUUCAGGGAAAGUUGCUUGUGGGAAUGAGAGACCUGUUGGUAUUAUACGAUUUAGGAAAGAAGCAGUUACUUAAGAAAUGUAGCACGAAGUUAGAAGAAUGUCGAGAGAUCGUGGAUUUAAAGACGCAGGGACUUCGUGUAGUUGUCAGUGAUAUUGGUGACAGCGUUCGAUAUGUCAGCUACCAGCCAAAGGAAAAUGAGUUUGUCACUUUCAUUGAUGAUUACAUGAAACGACAUGUGACUCGGACAUUGAUGCUAGACUACGAGACGGUGAUUGUGGGGGACAAAUUUGGAGAGCUUUCUGUUCUCAGAUGUCCUGAAGAAAUAAGUGAAAUGAAUGAAAGCGACACUCGAGGAGCCAUUGCAGCACAGAAAGAUUCCAGAUUGAAUGGAGCACCAUUCAGAUUGAAGAAUGUGAUGAAUUUUUACAUUGGAGAUGUUCCUACCAGCUUCCAGAAGGGAUCCCUCACCAUAGGAGGAAGCGAAUGUAUAUUAUACACGGGACUUCAGGGCACCAUCGGAUGCCUUCAUCCACUAAAGACUUUGAGCGAAAUCAACUUUUUUUAA